AUGUCUGAAGAGAUCUCCGGAACGGGCACUUUUGGACGUGUGUGUCUUUGCCGCGAGAAAUCUACAAAGAAGUAUGGAGCGAUGAAGAUCCUGGCCAUAAGCGAUGUUAUUAGACUGAAACAAGUAGAGCAUGUAAAGAACGAGAAGAAUAUUUUGCAAGAAAUACGUCAUCCCUUCAUUGUUAAUCUGCGGUGGCACUACAGAGACUCUACGUACUUGUACAUGCUCUUUGACUACGUGUGUGGUGGUGAGCUGUUUUCAUACUUACGGAAUGCCGGGAGGUUCGGUACUAGCACUGCAAAUUUCUACACAGCAGAAAUAGUACUUGCCCUAGAGUACUUGCACGCGCAGUCUGUUGUCUACAGGGACCUGAAACCAGAAAAUCUUUUACUUGAUAGGGAUGGCCACUUGAAGAUCACGGAUUUUGGUUUUGCCAAGAAACUCACAGACAGGACAUGGACAUUGUGUGGAACACCAGAAUAUCUAGCGCCAGAAAUUAUCCAGUCAAAAGGUCACAACAAAGCUGUUGACUGGUGGGCCUUGGGUGUUCUAAUAUACGAAAUGUUGGCUGGAUACCCACCAUUUUUCGAUGACAAUCCGUUUGGAAUCUAUGAAAAGAUUUUGGCGGGAAAGAUCGAAUGGCCACGACAUCUGGAUCCAGUAGCCAAAGAUCUCAUAAAAAAGUUACUAGUCCAGGACAGAACAAAAAGGCUGGGAAAUAUGAAGAAUGGACCAGAGGACGUUAAAAGGCACAGGUGGUUCAAAGGAAUGGAGUGGCAAGAUGUCUACGGCAGAAAACUGAAGCCUCCAAUACUUCCUCGAGUAACUUUUGACGGAGAUACGAGAAAUUUUGACGACUACCCUGAAGCCGACUGGAAGUCGGCACCAAGCGUUGGAGAGAUGGAACAGAAGUUGUUUGAAGACUUCUGAAUUCCGGUGUUCUUCGCGUUGACAAAACGAGUACGGUCUGUGCGAAUGUGGUCACACAGAAAUCUCGGUGAGAAAUGCCACGGGGCUCUUACCUUCCUGCCUGGCGAAAAUUUUAUCUGAUGAGAUAACCGGUUGUACAUAAGAUAGUUAUGGAAUGCUUUCUGAUUCCAUUUUAGUAGUUUCGUCUUGAUUAGAGACUAGGCAAUGCCAGUACCGAUCUCACAAGUCGACUAUAUUUAUACAAAGUAGCUUGCUGAGUUCGUGAGUAGGAAACAUGCACACAGCAGCGCUGAGACUGCGGAGAAGCAUUUGAUUAUUCUUCACGGUGAAGUAAGACGUAAACCAACAUCAAAACAAAUGUUUUUAUUUUCAUGUUAUUUAAAUGACUGCGUCAAAUUCGCAACUUAAAACAAAAUCAGACGUAGACUUGGAAGUGUAAAGGCGGAAUAAUAAAUAAUAAUGUAAUAUACGUGAUUUAUAUGAAGCAAUAAUAAUUAAUUGUCGCUUUGCUCUUCUGCAUGAACAAGUCUCACUACCAUUCUUAUCUAUCAUAAAAUAUAAAACUGAAAGGAAAUGCUUUGAUACUUUGAAUAAAAUUCGUUUUCAAUUGAACUAACACGAAAAUACAGAGAUAGAAACUUCACAGAAAGAAUUAAAUUACUCAAAAAUUAGGUUUGUACCAUACAUGUUAUUGUUGAAUGCUUUGAAGCAGCUCAGAAGCAUAAUUUAGUUGUAAGAUUUGAGGUUUUCACAGCUGUGAGUAUGAAGAUUUCUGUCUUCUGAGUUGUUGCGUUGUGUAGUCUGGUUGAUGUUUACCAACGUCCUGAUGACGGAUUCAGUAUGACCUCUGAAACGGUAAACAUCGACCAGACUACACAGCGCAACAACCCAGAAGACGGAAAUCUUCAUAAUUUAGUUCCUGUUCAGUCACCAAAUCCUUGCGGUUCGGCUUCACACAUUAUUCUUUUAACGUCUAAGAACGUGAUAGAGGCGUAAAGCCGCAACAGUGAAAAUACUUCACAGAAUUCUAGGUGAAAUUUUAUGUAGCGUAUUACUUAGAAGUUAUGAGAUCUGAGGUUUUCUGGAAGUGAAAAUUCGGAUUAGUAUUCUGAGUUAUGACACCACAGUCUGUGAGGAACAUGCUGCCCCCCUCUUUAUGGUAAACAGAGGUGCAGACAAUAAUUUAAAACUGCGCAGGAUCUUAACACAAAAGACCACAAUGCAAAAUCAGCGGUUGAGGAUCUUUUGCUCCUGUAAUAUAAUUCGGAAACACUUCUAUAAAAAAAUCAACUGAUCCUGCAGUUCAUUGGCACAAUCGGGUGCAAGAAAUGAAAAUUUUGUCUCAUUUAAAGUACAAAUAUUGCACAUGGCAGUGAGAGAUCAAGGAGAGAGAGAGAGAUAUUUUGGAACAUCACAAUUGGAAAGAAGUUUAGUGAAAUUAAAUUCUGUUUUUAUCGUC